AUGAUUCUAUUCAUAAUUGUCGGUUUCCUACCAUAUUUGUAUGGUGAGAUUGUGAGAAUUCCUCUCCACCCUGUGAAAAGAUCUGAUUCAUUACUGGGACUUGGUGCAACUUACUUUAAGCCUUUGACGAGAAAAUGGAAGUAUGAAUGGAAUAAGCAGAAUACAUCUACAUCGGAACAAUUGAUUAAUUAUGAAAACCUUCAGUAUUAUGGUGAGAUAUCAGUGGGAACUCCACCUCAAAAGCUACGAGUAUUGUUCGAUACAGGAUCCACUGACACAUGGUUCGCUUCAAGGAGGUGUUGGUUUCUUGAUAUAUUUUGUUGGAUGUUUUCAUUUUACGAUAGUUCAAAAUCGUCGACUUAUGUAGCAGAUGGUUCCAGUUUUCAUGUCAGUUAUCUGGAUGGUGAUUACUCUGGAUUUUGGAGUGUGGACACUAUACGAAUAAACUCGUUGGAGAUUCGGAAUCAAUCGUUUGCUGAAGUGAGGAGUAUAUUUAAUCUCGAUUACUUAUUUGAUAAAUGUGAUGGAAUAAUUGGCAUGUCGCCUAGCAGGAUAUCGGACGAUGGAAGCAUUCCAAUGUUCCCGAAUAUACUAGCUAAUGGUGUGAAUAUGAACCCAAUAUUUUCAUUUUAUUUAAAUCGGGAAAACGGUGCAGGAAUCGGUGGUGAAUUGGUACUUGGUGGUGUAAAUCCUAAAUAUUUCAAGGGUGAUUUUGAAUAUGUACCUACUAUUCAAAAUUAUAUGUGGACGAUUCAAAUGUUAAGUUUGCAAAUAAAUGGGAUAAACUUUUGCAACAUAUGUUCCGCUCUUAUUGAUACUGGAACAUCUUUAAUUAUUGGACCAAAUGAACAAGUGGAAAGAAUCAAUUCUUUACUUCAUGCUUUUGACAAUUUUGGAAGAAACGUCAUUGACUGUGAUCGCAUUGAUAUGCUUCCUUCGAUUGAGUUCAUAUUUCAUAGGAAAAAGUACAUUCUGAAGCCACAACACUAUGUAGUCAAGGUACAUACAAGUAAUUCAUUUAGUCUUAAACAAUGGUAUUCACUGUACCAGUUAUGAGAUAAAUAUGUCUGAAUUGUUUGUUAAAAUUAUGAAGUUCCAGUCAGUGUGAAGUUGUAUUAGGUAAGAUUGUUUUCAAAAGGUACAUCUCAAUGAACAGGUCAGUUUAAUUCAUAUGAAACCUUUAUAUGAAAUUACUGGUGUAUUUCCCCACCGAAAUUAUGCAAUCUACACUAAACUGCAGAGUUAGUGAUUGGCAUAUUUAUACCUCAGUCCACGUCCGUUUGUGAGCUGGCUAACUUAGAUGGACGAAUAACACUAUCAUAAUAUUUCAUUUUUGGGACACAUGUAGAGGUAAUUUCUUAAAUAUACAGCUAUAUGGAAAUUUAAGAAACUG